GUUACAAAUAAGGCAUGUGACCUAUAUAGGCUCCGCUCGUAAAACUUAAAUUAUGUAAAGUCGACUUAAUCCAACCAGAAAGUUAUGAUACCACCGCGGGCGGCAUUGACUCUACGACACUUCAGCUCAUCUGCUCGUACAUGCGUGCACAUAUCUCAUAUUGGAAAAACUCCCAUCCCAAUUCCACCUAAUGUCACCAUUACCCAAUCUCAAACUUCGCUCAACGUCAAGGGACCUCUUGGCUCAACCUCUGUCCCACUGGAAUCAUACAUGAAACUCGCGUAUCCGCAAGAGAAUGUGCUGACAAUAGCCGUAGAGGAUGCAGAGGUAAAAAAGCAGCGCUCAAUGUGGGGUCUUACACGGACCCUCAUAAAUAACGCGGUCGUCGGAAUGACGGAGGGUUUCACUGUUCCCAUAUAUCUUGUGGGUGUCGGAUACAGAGCUGCGUUGGAGGACGAUCCGAGAGGAACAUCAAAUGGUGGCAAUGGCCAGAGGCUCAAUAUGAAACUGGGACAUUCUCAUAACGUCUACGUGCCAAUUCCUGCCCAUAUCAAGGCAGACGUGCCUUCUCCGACCAAGAUCACGCUCUUCUGCACGGACAAGCACCUUGCUUGGUCUUUUUGCUGCAAGCAUACGGAAAUGGCGUCCACCCGAACCAUACAAAGGCAAGGUGAGCAUAUCUUCAAUUAUGAAUUACAGGGAAAGAGGAGACUGACGCAUGACCAGGGUGUUUUUAUCGGUGACGAACAAAUUCGUAUCAAGUCAGUCAAAAAGAAGUAG